CAGUGCUCGGUCCUCGCGCCCCACCCCCGCCGGGGAACGAGUGGGGCGCUCUUUUUGAGCGGGAGGAGGGAAAUGAGUGAUUGCUUAGCCUCUCCCUGUGUUAUGUAAUCCCCUCUCGGUCCUAUAGUACGUCCCAAGCCUUAGUGCAUUGCAGUUAGUUCACAAAGUCUCCUCCCCCGGUCCUAAAAUUUCCUUGGGAUGGCGCCGUGAUUUAUAAAAUGGGAUGGGGCGGAAAAAUCUGUAUUUGCCGACGAUUAUAUCCUGCCGCGGUGGGCGCCAUGUUUAUCCCAGGGACUAUUUUCUCUAGAUUCUCAGCACCUACUGAAGAGGUGUGAUGUCGUUGAUCCACCUGUUUUCUCUCCUUUCUGCGAGUUACCUUGAUUUCCUGUCCCGUCAGACGCGGGGUUCUCUCAAACUGUUACUAAUACUGGGCGUUGCUUUGCUUGUCUUGGACAUUUUCAACUCAGAGGAAGGUAGAGCUGGAAAGAAUCUUGUAAGUUCUUUAGCCCAAUCUCUUUCGAGAUGGAAAUUGAGAUACAGUUGUCUUAUCUCGGAACAGCCAUCGUCUUGUUGCAGGCUGUGUCUACACUUUUAGAGACCUUCCACUACAGCUCAAAACCUCGUAGAAACGCACUUUUACUUUCAAAGGAAUUUUCCCAUUUAGAUGAAGGGGAAAACGGCGGGGGUGGAGGGCUGCUUCUUGGCAAACGACGUGGAAUUUCGAGACCCGUUGCUCUUGGAACAGGGAGUUGGACUCUGAAUUAGAACUACUUAGCACAACCGUUCUUGACUUGAGGGUGCAUAGAAAGUACCUUGGAGAUUGCUGAAAGUGCAGGUUUGGGGGUCUUUUUUGGAUGGGGUGGUGGGGUACCAUCUCUACAUUUUUAUAAUUUGCAGUCCUUCAGCUGCGAGUGAUCAAGAUAACCACCAUAUUGAGUUACUGGUCUCGCAUAAAGGUGCACAGGAUAUAAUCUUAAAACAAGUGGCACUCUAUGUCCUUGAUUUCCUUCUCCUUUCCUGUAUUAUAGUUAUGACAUACCAGCUGGUGUGUUGGUGGCAUAUCUCAAACUAAAGGAACAGAAUGAAGACUUGAGGGAUGAACAGGAUUUUGUUAGUUUCCACUCUCACCUUGAACCAGUAGUAUAAUCUAGGAAAAUAGUUUGCAAAGUGUGGUUCUCUGACCCCUGGGGAUCCUUUCUGGACUUUUCAGGAGAGCUGUAAGAUCAUAAGUAUUUACAAAAUAAUACUAAGAAUAAUACGAAGACUCUGUUUCACUGACGUUUGCACUGAUGGUCCCAAAGCAAUGCUUGGUAUUAAAUCUCAGCCUUUAGUAAAUGUCUUUUUAAUUUUUAAGAGUCUGACCAAAUGGAAAGUGUGCAUAAUGUACACUCCCUACCGACGUAUGGUCCUUGUCAUAAGGAAAAGCAUUUGUGAGAUUAAGUUGUGAGCUGCUGGUUUCCUGGAAUAGUAUUUUUACUUGAAAGAACAACUCACCAACUAGUUUUUACGCUUGAGUGUUUUUGGAUAUUUUCUUGAGAACAAAUGAAGUGAGCCUGUCUCUUCAAGGAAAACAGUUGACCAUAUUUGUUACCAGUGAUAAAAAUUUAAGAGUAAAAAUCAAUUUUUUGAGAAGUUGAAUCUCAAGUUUGACAGCUUCUCAGUGUUUUAAGGACUUUUCUUACAACAUCAGUGUUAAUGACUUUUUUUAAAUGUAUAAUGAAAUGUGUCAACAUUUGAAAGUUAGACAUAACUCAGUAAAUCUGUAUUUUCUAAAUUACUGAUGCAUGAUGUUUCAAAAUCACCAUGAGUAAAAGGUCCUUUCAAAGUGCAAGAUACAACAAUGAAUUUAAACAUAACAUUUAUUGAUAGAGUUUCAGAUUCCAAGAUACAAGUAUCCUUUAAGAAACCAACAUUUGUCUAGUUUUGGUAUUGUAUCAGUAUACACAGUUACCUGAAAAGGUUUUUAGAAUACUUCUCCCUUUUUCUGUUUUUGUGACAGCAGAUCUUCGUUAUACUUAACCAAAACAGACUGAAUGCAAAAGCAUCCAUGAGAAUCCACCUGCUUUCUAUUAACCUAGACAUAAAAGAUUUGCAAAAAUAUAAUGCAAGGUUAUCUGUCUCAGUGUUUUGGGGGGGAAAUGGUAAUUUUUAAUUGAAAAUAUUAUUUAUGUUAACAUCUAAUAGGUUUAUUGUUUUUAAAUGUAUUGAUAAGUAUUUAAACUUCUUGUGUUUUAAUGCCUAGUAUGGUAAAUAUCAAGGGAUAAACUCCGCAUAAAAGCUCUUCGUGGUCCUCAGUAAUUUUAAAAAUGUAAAGGGGUCCCAAAACCAAAAACUUUGAGAAUCACUGGGAUUCCUCAUAUCAUCCAAAUCUGCCUCCAUUUAGGAACUUCUGGAGAAUUUACAAAUUUUAGUUGGAGUUAAUAAUGUAAGAGACAGUGACUUGGGGAAAAAUUCUAGAGCAAAAAAGAUUAGUAAAUAUCCCAGCCAGGAUUCAAACCAGCUAUAACCUUGGGGAAGUUACCUAAGCUUUCUAAACCUCCAUUUUGACCUCAUGUAAUAUGUAUUGCUUAGAACAUAUAAUUGUGAGAAUUCAUUGAUAAUGAAUGUAAAAUGCAUAAUAAUGCCUGGUUAUAACAUAGUAAAAUAAAAUAUAUUGCAGAUAAUGUUUCAGUCUUUAUUCUCCACAUAUGUCUUUUUGUUGAAGGUGGAGAUUUCUGAUUUAAAUUAAAACCUUAGAGCUGCUGGUGUCUUUGUUGUAAUAUCAAUAUGGUAGGACUUUGGUAGAUUCUUUGGCAGUCUGGUUUGUGAUAAUAAGGAAUAUUUGCAAAAACGUAUUUUUACAUGUAACUCAGGAGGAGAGGAGAAAGGAAAUUGACUAAGGCAUUGCUAGUAUUUACAGUUCGAUGAACUUGAGGGAGUAGAAAUGGAAUUUAGACAGCAUACAACUGUCAGUAAAGAAGAGCUCUUCUUGGGAGAGGAACUGAAUAUUGAACCCUUUAAAAAUAGGAAACUUACUGCUCACUUUAGUUGUUUUAGUGAAAAGCACAUAACUAGUAUUUGGGUGCUUCUUGAUAGGAUAUUUGCUGCCAGUUAAGUGGAAAAUAUUUUAUGUUUCAGAAUAUUGAGACUAUUUAAGAACCCAUUGUGAAUAUUAUAUGUGAGGUUCUAUAGCGGUUUCUGUGAGGGACGAAAUGGGCCAUUCAAAAAACUAGGUAAAUAAAAGCUUCUUAUUGCAAGUUUAACAAUAAUUUUAUAGCCAUAUCAAGUAUUCAGCCCUGUAGGCUUUCUGGAAUUAAUCCCUUUUAAAGCUAAAAAUUGAGGUAACUUGAAUACAAAUGCCAGUUGUUUUGAGGAUCUUUAUUGUUUAUCUCUCUUUUUGUUUUUUUAAAAACAUUUUUCCUGUUCCAAGUGUUCUUUUUAUCUUGAUUUUUGGGUGGGUAAGCACUAGCAGUGAAUCAAAAAUGUUAGAUAUGAAUUCUUCAUUCUUGGAAUUUAGUUUAGAGCUACGAAAGAACCAGACAAAUUAAAGGAAUUCAAAGCUUCAAGAGCCAAAUCUGUCUCAAGAGUUUGGUAGAAAACAGAUGUUUUUCUAAUCUUAUUUGAGAUGGAGGUAGGUCAACACUUGCUGCCCAUUAAAUACCUCAAAAACAGACUAGCAGUUGUAUCUGACGGAUUCUUUCUGCUGCUUUAAAAUAAGAUUUUAAAGAAUCUCUUUGUAUCUUGCCUUUUCAGUUAUAUAGGCUUUUACCGAUGAGCUGAUUUUACAUGACCUGAGUAUAAAGUAGACUACCAUAUUUGCCAGCAUUUAAGAUACAAUUAGUCAGUCCUCCUUAGAAAGAUAGGUAUCUGGUACCCCUGUAUUAUGGAUGGAAAGAUGAAUGCCAAAGAAGUAAAAGACUGUGGGAACUCCUGAUAGUCUUGUGUGAGCUGCAGUACUGAGUAAAGCCUACUGAGUGCACAGAAAUCAUGUUACCAGUGUAAUUACUACUACAAAAUGUAGAAACCAAGUGGGCUACCAAGGUGCCAGAUAAUUAGGAUGUCUUGACUAAUGGAAGAUGGCACUGCUCAUCUUGUCUUACAGUGCCUCCUUGGUAACCUGUAUAACCCAACUUGGAUUUUUUUUUCUAAUAUUAUUUAAUUAUUGUGCUACAUCUUAAGAAAUGUGUGUAUAUAAUCUGUGUAGAAAUUUCUCCUGGAAAUGAAAACAAGUUAACAGAAAAUUCAAUCAACAAGACUACCAGUUUGAUUUAGUAAAUGGCGAAAAGAUAAUGGCAGAAUAUAGUGGUACAAAAUAUCACAACUAAAAUAUAAGUAGGUAUUUUUUUCUCCCCAACUUUUUUCUUUUUCCUUUUUAAGAAAAAAUUUCAACUUUAUUGAGCUAUAGUUGACAUACAAAAUUGUAAGAUGUUGAAGUAUACAUGUUACAUACAUGGUGAUUUCAUGUACAUAAACAAUGUAAAAGAAUUCCCCCAUCUAUUUAACACAAUCACUUCACAUAUUUAUCUUGUGUGUGUGUGAACAUUUAAGUUCUACUCUUUUAGCCAAUUUCAAUUAAAUGGUAGUGUUAUCAAUUGUGUAGUCACUGUGUUUCCAUUAGAUUAUCAGACCUUAUUCAUCUGAUCCUCCAACAUUUUAAGAAAAUUUUAUGCAUGUAAAAAAGGUGAAAGAAUGCUAAAAAGAGUACAUACAAUGAACCCACUACCUAGACACGAUUUUUAACAUGUUAGCAUAUUUGCUAUCUAUAAGAAAAUGCCAAAAUAUGUAUUUGCUGAACCACGUGAAAGUCAGUCAUGAUGCUUCCACUAAAUAGUACAUGCAUUUGCUAAGAAUAAAUACAUUCUCCUACAUAACUCUAACUCCACCAUCCUUUCUAAGAAAGCUAAAAAUAAUACGCAAGUAUAAUCUUAUAUCUGUUUGGUCAUUCAAAUGUUCCAGUUGGCCCCAAUACAUCUUUUGUAGCUUUUUUAUAAUCCAGAAUCCAAAAAAGGUUCAUGUUUCUUUUUGUUAGGUCUCUUUAGCUCUUAUUUUCUUUAAUCUGUUUGGUCUCCUCUGUGCAUGCAUGCCGGUGAUCAUGUGUGUGGUGUGUAUGUGUUUGACGUUUUUGAAGAAACCAAGUUAGUAGUUUCAUAGAAUUUCUGUAUUCUUCAUUUGUCUGAUUAUUUGCUUAUAAAAUGUCCUACUUUGUGAAUUAUUCUCAUUAUAUCCUUGUGCUGCUUAACUUACUCCUCUUUUGCUGUAUUUCCUAUAAACUGAAAGUUAAAUUUAAAUGCUUGAUUUGAUUCAGGUUAAACAUUUUUGUCAGUGGGUUUUGUUUGUUUUUUAACAACAGAACAGGCCACAGACCAAACAGAUGACAGGUAGAGUUUGCAUUAUUGGCUAACAUUUUUCUAUUUAAACUUAUUGUCAUAACUUUCAUCUUUGAGAUAGACUUACUUCUGUAACUUUAAGUUCAAGCAUAACAGUAAGACUUUGAGAAAGGUCACAGACCUAGGUUGCAUCAUGUCAUUUUGGUUCCCUGCCUUCUGAGAAAAUGAUUCGAAAGUUGAAGAGGCGAGAAGAGCUGAUAUAUUUAGCAAAAGCAACCCAUAGAGGAAUGAUAAGUCAAAAACCAGAAAUUUUAGAAGUGACGAUUAAAGGAUUUAGGACAUUUAUCUUCACAAAGAUUAUUCACCAGUUAAUACCGAUAGUAACAAAUACCAAUAGUAACCAUAAGUUUAGAGGACUAACAUUGUAAUGCUAAUGUUUUAUAAGGAGAAAUUAGGUACUUAGGCAGGAACAAGUUUCACAGGUAGAUGAUUAUAAGGUGAAACAAACAAGAUGUAUGUGAGUUAUAAAAAUGUUUUCGCAGUAUAAAAUGUGACCGUUCAACAAUUCAUAGGAACUUUGUCCUGCCCAUCUUCUUUGUUGCAGAGAGAAUAAAUAUUUUUAAAAGAAAUGAGAGUUCUUUAUGCAUAGAAUGUGGAAUGACUUUUUAAAAAAUUUCCCCUUCAGAACAUGGCUUCAGUUUGAUCAGGGUUUCUCAAUCUUGGCGCUGUUAACAUUGGGCCAGAUAAGCCCUUGGCUGUCGGUGCAUUGUAGGAUGUUUAAUAGCAUCCCUGGCCUCUUGCCUCUAGGUAGAUGCCAGCAGUACCCUGCCGCCACCCCACCCCUAGUUAUGACUACCAAAAAUGUCUCCAAGCAUUGCCAGGUGUCUUGGGGAGCAAAUUAUCCCUGUUAUUGUUGAGUUACAUAAAAUCCACUGGCAUAUGUGGAUUCCUUAAUGAUAUAGGUUUCCCUUUAUAUAAUUUACAUAUAGCUGUUGAACACGAUUUCCUUCUGCAGGUUUUCUGCACAAACUUGGACUGUGCUUAGCUUAGUGUAUGUUGGAGAACCAAGGAAUAUGGUGACUUUUUUUUUUUUAGCUUUAUUGAGAAGUUUAUUGAAGGUAGAAAUGAGCUCUUCAUUUCUAAGUCAAGGUAUAGGUCUUUUGCUUUAUCUAAUCCCCUUCCCACCUCCUAAUUUGUUUGGAAAAGAACCUUAUAAGCUAUGUGUUAUGGAUAAAGUUUUUGUUAGGAAUAGUUUAAAAAUUUGUUUCAGACUUUUGAGGUGAUUUGUAUUUUGGCAUUCAAGAAAAGAUAGUCUUUAAAAAAAUAGUUACUUGCUAAAGGGUUUGAUUAAAUGUUGCAUCCUCUUUGUUAAAAUUUGAUUGUCCUUAAAAUUUAACUAUAUGUAAAUUCUGCCAGUGAGGAAGAUGAUGUAGGCAUCUUGUUAGGGGGAGGGAAAGGGAAUAUAUGCAAUUGGGAAAAGAAGAAAGUAAUGACAAUUAUUUAAUAAAUAUAAGUUUAAAAGAUUGAAACAUCUCAAUAAUUUCAGGAGAAAGUAGAACUUUGUUUAGAUUUCUAAGACAAAUAUUUGUAGAUGUGAAGUUUUUCUGCCAAAUGGCAAAGAAGCGAAAUUGAAGAUAACUAUUAGUUAGGGGUUGAUAAGGAGAUAAUUUUAUAUUUAAAGUGAGCAGAAAGGCUCCCUAGCAUCCAGACUGUGAUCUUGGAAUACCAUUCCAUACCAAAAGGAAUUAGUACUCCUUGGAGAAACGGCUGAUUCUAGGUCUGGGGCAGGAAAUGUAUGAGAUGAGCCUGAAACAUUUUGUUUAUCAGAUAGCCAAGAUUUUAUCAAACACUACUAAGGGUGUGUCAGAAGGACUCAGAAGCCAGUUGAGAAGUUCCCACCUGCCCAAAUAGGACACUUUGAGUGUCAUUAAGGAUAACUACAGUGACUCAAAACACAUCAAAUAUGCUUAAGUCUGUGAUGUGAUGUAAUGAUAGUUUAAGAACAGGCUUGUUGGUCACUUGGGGGAAAAGCUAGUGAAACAAAUCAUUUUGAUCAAGCAAGAUGGGAAGAAUCAAGACUUUCACUACAUGAACUGCGCCAAAUAGUAGGAUAUAUAGAAGCCAGAGGCAUAUAUUAAAUGCCAUGUGUAUGUAAUCAACGAUAUCCAGACUGUAGAAACUACACGAGGUGACCUGGUUCUUCAACAAAUAAAUUGCAAGGGGAAAAAAAAGAUGGAGGAAGAACUCAUGGCGGACACCGACCUGUUUAUGGAAUGUGAGGAGGAGGAGUUGGAGCCAUGGCAGAAAAUCAGUGAUGUCAUUGAGGAUUCUGUAGUUGAGGAUUAUAAUUCAGUGGAUAAAACUACUCCAGUUUCUGUGAGCCAGCAGCCUGUCUCGGCUCCAGUGCCCGUCGCUGCUCAUGCUUCUGUUGCUGGGCACCUCUCUACAUCCACCACCGUUAGUAGCAGCGGGGCACAGAACAGCGACAGUACAAAGAAGACUCUUGUCACACUAAUUGCCAACAACAAUGCUGGCAAUUCUUUGGUCCAACAAGGUGGACAGCCACUUAUCCUAACCCAGAAUCCAACCCCCGGUCUGGGUACAAUGGUCACUCAACCAGUAUUAAGGCCUGUCCAGGUCAUGCAGAAUGCCAAUCAUGUGACUAGUUCGCCUGUGGCCUCACAACCAAUAUUCAUCACUACACAGGGAUUUCCCGUAAGAAAUGUCCGGCCUGUACAAAAUGCAAUGAAUCAGGUUGGGAUUGUGCUGAACGUACAGCAAGGCCAAACAGUUAGACCAAUUACAUUAGUCCCAGCCCCAGGUACCCAGUUUGUUAAGCCGACAGUUGGAGUCCCACAAGUGUUCUCUCAGAUGACCCCUGUGAGGCCAGGCUCCACCAUGCCUGUGCGGCCCACCACCAACACCUUCACCACCGUCAUCCCAGCAACUCUCACCAUUCGAAGCACCGUCCCACAGUCCCAGUCUCAGCAGACCAAGUCCACUCCCAGCACUUCCACCACUCCCACUGCCACGCAGCCGACUUCCCUGGGGCAGCUUGCCGUUCAGUCUCCGGGCCAAUCCAGCCAGACCCCGAAUCCCAAGCUAGCUCCUUCCUUCCCUUCUCCACCUGCAGUGAGCAUUGCCAGCUUUGUCACCGUGAAGCGACCUGGGGUUACAGGUGAAAAUAGCAAUGAAGUGGCCAAACUGGUGAAUACUCUCAACACCAUCCCUUCCCUGGGCCAGAGCGCAGGGCCACUGGUGGUAUCCAACAACAGCUCUGCCCAUGGCUCUCAAAGAACCAGCGGACCUGAGGCUUCAAUGAAAGUGACCUCUUCCAUCCCAGUGUUUGACCUCCAGGAUGGUGGACGGAAGAUAUGUCCACGGUGUAAUGCUCAAUUCCGUGUUACUGAAGCUUUGAGAGGUCACAUGUGUUACUGUUGCCCAGAAAUGGUUGAAUACCAGAAGAAAGGAAAGUCUCUGGAUUCAGAACCCAGUGUCCCAUCGGCAGCAAAGCCCCCAUCCCCUGAGAAAACAGCUCCUGUUGCUUCCACACCCUCUUCUACACCUAUUCCUGCUCUGUCACCACCUACCAAAGUACCAGAGCCAAAUGAGAAUGUGGGUGAUGCCGUCCAGACCAAACUUAUUAUGCUAGUGGAUGACUUCUACUAUGGAAGGGAUGGUGGCAAAGUAGCCCAGCUCACAAACUUCCCUAAGGUCGCCACAUCUUUCCGAUGCCCGCAUUGUACCAAAAGGCUAAAAAACAACAUUCGAUUUAUGAACCAUAUGAAACACCACGUAGAACUUGAUCAGCAGAAUGGUGAGGUGGAUGGUCAUACUAUCUGCCAGCACUGUUAUCGUCAGUUUUCCACUCCCUUCCAGCUCCAGUGCCACUUGGAAAAUGUUCACAGUCCCUACGAAUCGACUACCAAGUGCAAGAUCUGCGAGUGGGCGUUUGAGAGUGAGCCACUGUUUCUCCAGCAUAUGAAGGAUACUCAUAAGCCUGGAGAGAUGCCUUAUGUUUGCCAGGUGUGUCAAUAUCGCUCCUCACUCUACUCUGAGGUAGAUGUCCAUUUUCGGAUGAUCCAUGAGGAUACUCGGCACCUGCUCUGCCCUUAUUGCCUGAAGGUCUUCAAAAAUGGCAAUGCAUUCCAACAGCAUUACAUGAGGCACCAGAAGAGGAAUGUUUAUCACUGCAACAAAUGCCGGCUACAGUUUCUCUUUGCCAAGGACAAAAUUGAACACAAGCUUCAGCACCAUAAAACCUUCCGCAAACCCAAGCAGCUGGAAGGUUUGAAACCAGGCACCAAGGUGACAAUCCGGGCUUCCCGAGGGCAGCCACGAACUGUUCCUGUAUCCUCCAGCGAUGCACCUCCCGGCACUCUACAUGAGGCCGCGCCGCUCACCUCCUCAACAGACCCUCUGCCUGUCUUCCUUUAUCCUCCUGUCCAGCGCAACAUCCAGAAGAGAUCUGUUAGGAAAAUGAGUGUCAUGGGCCGGCAGACGUGUUUGGAGUGCAGCUUUGAGAUCCCAGAUUUCCCUAAUCACUUCCCUACUUACGUUCACUGCUCUCUGUGUCGCUAUAGCACCUGCUGCUCUCGGGCUUAUGCCAACCACAUGAUCAACAAUCAUGUUCCGCGGAAGAGCCCCAAGUAUUUGGCUUUGUUUAAAAAUUCUGUGAGUGGAACCAAGCUGGCCUGCACUUCGUGUACCUUUGUUACCUCUGUGGGAGAUGCCAUGGCUAAGCAUUUGGUAUUCAACCCCUCUCACAGAUCCAGUAGCAUCCUGCCACGAGGACUCACUUGGAUAUCUCACUCAAGGCAUGGCCAGACUCGUGACCGAUUGCAUGACCGGAACUUGAAGAAUUUGUACCCUCCCCCUUCCUUCCCCUCUAAUAAAGCUGCCACUGUGAAAUCUGCGGGCACCACCCCAUCUGAGCCUGAAGAGCUCCCAGCUCCUGUGGCCCAGACACUCCCAUCACCAGCCUCAACUGCAACCCCGCCACCAACCCCGACCCGUCCCCAGCCUUUAGCCCUUCCACCAGUGGCUGCAGAGGGGGCUGAAUGUCUGAAUGUUGAUGACCAGGAUGAAGGGAGCCCAGUCACCCAGGAACCUGAGCCAGCCUCAGGGGGUGGUAGUAGCAGUGGGGUUGGCAAGAAGGAGCAGCUGUCGGUGAAGAAGCUUCGAGUGGUCCUGUUUGCUCUGUGCUGCAAUACAGAACAGGCAGCUGAACACUUCCGAAACCCCCAGCGACGCAUCCGGCGUUGGCUUCGGCGUUUCCAGGCCUCACAGGGGGAGAAUCUGGAGGGCAAAUAUCUGAGCUUAGAGGCAGAAGAGAAACUGGCUGAGUGGGUGCUGACCCAGCGAGAGCAGCAGCUGCCUGUAAACGAGGAGACCUUGUUCCAGAAGGCCACCAAAAUAGGACGUUCUUUGGAGGGGGGGUUUAAGAUCUCUUAUGAGUGGGCUGUGCGUUUCAUGCUACGGCACCACCUGACUCCCCAUGCUCGGCGAGCUGUGGCCCACACUCUUCCCAAGGAUGUGGCAGAGAAUGCAGGACUCUUCAUUGAAUUUGUGCAACGGCAGAUCCACAACCAGGACUUACCGUUGUCUAUGAUUGUGGCUAUUGAUGAAAUCUCCUUGUUCCUGGACACAGAGGUACUGAGCAGUGAUGACCGAAAGGAGAAUGCCCUGCAGACAGUGGGCACGGGGGAACCGUGGUGCGAUGUGGUGCUGGCCAUUCUGGCAGAUGGCACUGUCCUCCCUACCCUGGUUUUCUACCGAGGACAAAUGGAUCAGCCGGCAAAUGUGCCAGAUUGUAUAUUGCUAGAGGCAAAGGAGAGCGGCUACAGUGACGAUGAGAUCAUGGAGCUGUGGUCAUCCCGAGUGUGGCAGAAGCACACAGCUUGCCAGCGUAGUAAAGGCAUGCUUGUGAUGGACUGUCACCGCACUCACUUGUCGGAAGAGGUGCUGGCCAUGCUUAGUGCCUCUAGCACUUUGCCUGCCGUGGUCCCAGCAGGCUGUAGCUCCAAAAUCCAGCCCUUAGACGUAUGCAUUAAACGGACUGUCAAGAACUUCCUGCACAAAAAGUGGAAGGAGCAGGCUCGGGAAAUGGCAGAUACUGCGUGUGAUUCUGAUGUCCUGCUUCAGCUGGUGCUGGUCUGGCUGGCUGAGGUGCUUGGUGUUAUUGGGGACUGUCCAGAGCUAGUUCAGCGGUCCUUCCUUGUGGCUAGCGUUCUGCCUGGCCCUGAUGGCAACAUUAACUCACCUACAAGAAAUGCUGACAUGCAGGAGGAGCUAAUUGCCUCCCUAGAGGAGCAGCUGAAGCUGAGUGGGGAACAAUCUGAAGAGCCCUCAGCUUCCACUCCCCGACCCAGGUCAUCUCCUGAAGAGACAGUUGAGCCUGAAAGCCUUCACCAGCUCUUUGAGGGCGAAAGUGAGACCGAGUCCUUCUAUGGCUUUGAAGAAGCUGACCUAGAUCUGAUGGAGAUUUGAGUGUUGGGGUCAUGAAGGGGGGUGUGGAGUGGGGGUGGGAAGUCGUGAGGGAGGGUAGAGGGAUUUAGGGAAAAGGGGGUAUACCAGGUGAGAUAAUUGGCUUAUAUUUUUUAAUUUUAUGCCACCACUCCCCCCAACGUUGACUUAUACUUCCCUGUGGAUUUGUGGAUUAGGAAAACCAAUAGCGAUCACGUCUGAGCCGAUGAGCUGGCCCGUUGGUCAUUCACUUCUGCUAAAAACAGGUUUUUGUGACUUUUUUUAAAAUUUAAAUCACUGUGUUUGGUAUUUUUCUGACAAAAUCAAGAAAAAGAAAAAAAAAAUCCUUCGUGGGCGAAUGUCAAAUUUUUUGUUCCCCCUUUUACCUCAAUUGUAUCUUAGUACACCUGGAUUUUUGUUUUGUUUGUUUUACUGUGUGGCCAGUGUCUCUGGGCAUGAUGCUCUCCAAACAUUGUCAGUGUGAGAACAUUUCUGCAGAUGGGAAAGAUAAAAAUUGUAGCUCACAAACUGGUUUAUUAUAUAUAUGGAUAAAAAGGUUUUUUCAUUGUGGUCUUAACACUUUUCUAUAAAAAUGAAAAUGGAAAAAAAUCCCACUGAACUCUCUUCCUUCUCCUUUCUUUCCUUCCCUCUCCAGAGAUGUUGGUUUCUACAGCAACUCUAAGAUAUAAAAUUGUGGCUUUAAAAAUGCAUGAAACCACCUUAAUCAUCCAGAAUGAUGACUAGAUUUUUUUCCUCACCACCUUCCCUCCAACAAAAACACAACAAAACCAAUAUUCUUUGCACUUGUGAUUCUUGACCCCUUUCCCCAUUCUCACACCAUCACUCUGGACAGAGGAUCAUACACGUGUCAUAGCAAGCAAGAGGUACUGAGAUGAUCACACAGACCUAACGUUAGGGUGGAAGCCAUUCCAAGUGGAUGGGUCUUCAUUCUCACAGGGGCAGCCCCUGCUCUGUUGAACUUCCUCCCGUUAAGUGGACAGCAUACCUGUUCAAGAGGUCACUUGUCCUCCAGCCAGCAGCUAAUUGUGCAAGAAUUGUAUUGAACUUUGAAAAGAGACCACUUGUUGAAAUCCUGCUUACCCUGUGGCUGUCCUGUUUCUCUUACUGUCCAGAGGAGAAUGUGAAGAAACAGAUGGGGUGCGCACAAAGAAAAAGACACGAAUCUUUAUUUUUCACUGCCAGCUUCGAGAAGAAAGUUUUUCUACAGUUUGCAUGAGGGAAUUUUUUUUUAAUUGUCUGUACUUAUGGUUAUAAACUGAAAUGUACUGUAACAUACAGAGAAAAAGAGCAAAAACCCAAGUCCACCUUUCCCACAGCGACACCAUUCUUCUUUCCACUCUGAGACUUUCAGCAACAUUUCCCUGAGCCAAGGAGGCAACCUGCACAGGCUUGUAAAUGGUUCGUCUUUAAAAUGUACAUAAGUGGAGCAUUUAAUAAAAUGAGGGGAAAUGGAUUUAUAAACAAUGUGGUUUUUUUCUAGGUGACCCUUUAUGAAUAGGCCUUCACACUGGGAAAUGCUCAAGAUGUGAUGAGCCUCGUGAUACAGGUGUGACGUUCAUUACCACCUGUUUCCCCACCCAUUUUUUGUUCUGUUUUGUUUAACUCCAAGCACACUAUAAUAUAGUGAACUGGAGAGACCCCUCCCAUCAGCAGCUCGGCCAGCUUUGUCAACCUGUGGCAUCCGAAACCCGAACUGAGGGUUCACCUGGGCUUCUCUUCCCCAGCUUUUUGCCUGAUGCCAUUUUGACAGAAUAUGGACUUUCAAGUCAAAACUUUGCCUUUCAGACAGUUCAAGAACUAUGGUCAACUCUAUCUACAUCUCUUUGGUAGUCUGCAGCAGCCCCAGCCUUAGCAGAGUGGGGUUCCUGCCCUCUGCACACUGUAUGACUUUAUUGAUGGGUAAUUUUUUUAAGACCAUAAUACCAACAGUGGGUCAGCCGGGUUUUGACCAGGAAGUUACCUUUGUGGAUUCCGCCCGCAUGGCUUAGUAGUAGAAGAAAGUUUUUUUGUUUUGUUUUGUUUUUUAUAAUUCAGUUUAAUCAAUAAACAAGUAUUUAUUGACUA